AUGGGUGACGACGACAUCCUCACCGAUGACUACGUCGCGGACUUACUUGUCAAAGAUGCCAACGAUUGCUCCUUAAAAUAUUCAGCGCUGGGCAUGGAUGCCUAUACGCCGGCAAACAUGCCAAAACCAAACACCAGAUUUCUCCGGCAUAUCAUCAAGGGCACCGACACGCACAACAAGAAUCUUUUAGCGAAAGAGGCUGCUGAAUCAAAAGCAAGGCUCCAGGAUCUCGAGCACUCGGAGGAAGUCAAGCGGCUCAAGGUGAACCCCAACACGAGGGAUAUACGGAAGCGGCAAAUGGGCGAUAUUCACGCGAUUCUGGGUGGCGGUUCGCGACGGAGACGCCCAGACGGCGAAUCGUCGACAUCCAAACAGGACGAAGCUGGGCACUCGGGGCGGCAUCACGCACGACGUCGAGAUCCAGAAAAAGAAAAGGACGAUCUAUUUGAAAGCCGGCAAUCGAGCAGAGCGAGGGACAAUGGUCGACUAGCCAGCAGAGAUUCUGAUCGCAGGUCAUCACAUAAAUCCUCUCGAAGCCGGCGCGAACGCGACAACGAUUCGCAAACCGAAGAUGACACCGAACGACGACGCCGGAACCGGAGAAGGCGGGAUAGGUCUAGGUCGCCAAUAUUUCGGCGCAAAUCGCACUCGCCCGAACGACGCAGGAGGCAUAGGCAACGGUCGAGGUCUCCCGCACGCCGAGAUGAUUCGGACCCAUUAGAGGAUCUCAUAGGACCCAUGCCAGCGCCGAAACCCCGAGGUCGAGGUGCGCUCGCGGGAUCUUCAGGCAUUGACCAACGUUUUUCGGAAACCUAUGACCCCAAAUUGGACGUGGCGAUGGAAGAUGAUGGCGGGGAAGGCCAAUGGGACGACGUAGUGGAGGCUUUCAGAGAUCGACAAAAGCUACGCCAGAAUCAAGAGCAACGACUAAGAGAUGCUGGCUUUGCGGACGCCAAUAUCAACAAAACCUGGCAGCAUGCCGGAACGCAGGAAGAGGGGGAGGAGGACGUGCGGUGGUCCAAGGCUGGCGAGAAGAGGGAGUGGGAUAUGGGCAAGGAAGACGACGAAUCAGACUAG